UGACGUAUCUGUCUCACACGAAUGACGUGUCAACUUCAGUUCCACGCAGAAUCAGUUGUUUUGCCUCAACCUUUGUAGCUAGCUAGCUAUGAAUAUUAAUUUUGUCUGAAGUUAUGUUGUAUGUAGAGUUAGCGACGUUUGCCAGACAGCUUAGUGAAAUUGCACCCGUAGAAAGUCUUCAGUUUUCUACCAACAGAGAAGUGAUAGUACGCUCUGCAGAAUGAAUAUCAGCAUGGGUGCUAAAAAUAAGAAGCGAGUGGUACUUCCAAGUCGACCAGAUCCGCCCACUGUGGAGCAGAUUCUUGAGGACAUCAACAGGGCCUUUUCGAAUGAUCCAGUCUUCAGCGUCCUGGAGGAUGCCAACCAAGAUGCCAAGAGGGAGUCCUCAGACAAUGAAGUGGAGACAAAGUACCUUCAGAGCCGCAGGUACUUGGAGAUGAACGAGCGGCUUCAGGAGUUUAGAGGUGAACUUGUGCAGCGGAGGGAGGAACUGCGGGUGGCCAGAGAGCAGUUGGAGAUCAGUGUGGCCGAGGUCAAAGGGAGAGCCCUCUGACCAGUCUUCCCUCACACCUCAGGGCUGGGGGUGCACAUUACCUCAGCUUAAACAGAUUCACUAGGAACGAACAUGCCACCUCAAUCUCGCGGAUGAGGUUCUCAUAGCAGAAAAUAGAAAUGGGACACAACAGUUUAAAAUUGUCUCCAUACCUUGGUUUGACUUUUCACGAAAUGGUAAAGCAAAUUAGUUAUGUGUGUUGUCUAAAUUUUCUAUAAUGAAUAUUAAUAAAAUAAUGAUUGUAAUCAAA